GUCGGCACGGGGUGGCCAGGGAUAUGUUUACGGGGGCACGGGCCACCCCAGGCCUCCGUGUAGAACCGCCACUGCAUAGCCUACAAAUAGAAGGUUUUAAAAUAACCUAGAAUGUUAACUCAUUGGCUUCGACAAGAUACUUUUGAUUAGCAAUGGCAUUAGAGAGUUUGCUUAUGGUUUGGAUUCUGACAUCAUCUGAAGCCUUCCUGCUACGGGGUCCUGCUGGUCCUCUGGUAGCCCAGCUGGGAGGUUCUGUUCUUCUGCCCUGUUCUGCUGAAACCCCCUUGCCUCUGGAGGAACUGGAGGUGGAGUGGAGAAGGACAGAUUCAGAAGCACUGGUGCACCUGUUCCAAGAGGGGGAAGUUAGACCAGAAUCACAGAGUUAUGACUAUAGUGGCAGGGCCCAUUUUCUCACAGAGGGGUUUGCUGCAGGAAAUUACUCUCUGCUGCUCACUAAUGUGACCCGUGCGGAUGGUAGAGAUUACAUCUGUAAAGUGUUUACAAAUCUGGACUCAAACGAAAUCACAGCUGAAAUCAAAGAUAUUGAGCGCCUUGUAGUUACUGGGACAGGUGUGGCCUCUGCCUAUGUUGGUGAUGAGGUCACUCUGAACUGCUCUGUGGACUCCCAUAUCCCUCCUGGGGAACUGGAUAACGUCACCUGGAAGAGGAAAGACCAGGAGAUGUUAGUGCUAGUUUUCAGAUAUGAUCAGAUUGUGCCAGUCUCUGCACAUGAACUUUAUCGAGACAGAGCGGACCUCUUCACUGCUGAAAUCCCCAAAGGAAACUUCUCCCUGAGACUCAAACACGUCAGGCCUGAGGACAAGGGAGAAUAUGUCUGUGAAGCCCACAGUGGUCAUCUGUCAGCCAGCACCAUUAUUGUCCUACAGGGACUGGGACCUCCACCUGUGCUGAUCUUGGCAUUAGUGUUGUGUGUCAUUGCUCUUCUGUUGGCUCUUGGGCUUGGGGUUCCUUCAUGUAUCCAUUUAGUAUCAAACGAAAACCCCAAUGAAGAUGUAGAUGGGGAUGAGGAUGUUGAUGGGGAUAAUGGAAGGACAAUGCUGAUGCACUGCUCAUUGGUCUUCUGUCCAAACAUCAUUAUGUUCAUUGCUUUCAUGCUAUAUGGUGUGAAGCAGGGUUUUGUGGUUGAAAUAGCUACGUGUGCAACUGUAAAUCUGGUUCGAUUUCUUCUGGUUUUCAAGACUGCUCCCUAUCUGGACAGACUCCCUGCAUGUCCAAAAAAAUAUAUCAAAGGAAUGGGUGUCAUGCUUCAAUAUCUAAUCACUGCUGGAGCAUUAUUUUCAGGUGUUUUCGCAGACCUUUCAGUCUUCGGCAUUAACACAUAUUUUUUUGGGUACGCUGUUGGGAUGAACUUAUUCUUCAAUUUUUGGGAAAUUAUCUUUGAUGGUAUUAAGGAUUUGGAAUAUUGGUGCUUUACAUAUGUGGACAUAAUCAACUGGAUCCUGCUAUGGCUGCUUGUUGUUGGAUAUUCAACCUUCAAUUUAAGUAUGUCUAUCACCACAUUAACUGUUACUCUUGGGGUGGAUGUCUUCUUUCAUUUUCAACAUUUCCAUAAGAAGUGGUAUGUAAUGUGGACAAUCCUGUUAGUUCUCCUUUUCCCUACAUGCAUCAGUACAUUUUUCUAUUACCUUUAUUGGAUGUUGGCCAAUAAACCAGAGGGUCCUGGAUUGAUGUGUGGCUGUGCACUGCUCUACAGUCUCACUGCUGUUUCAGGGUUUGACCAUCCCCAGACAACAGCAGAUAUCCCCAUUCCUCACAUUGUUGUUUACAUAUUUGGAGCCGCUGCCCUUCCAGUAAUCAAUGCAGCUGCACUGACAACAGAAUUAAUCACGCAAUUGGUGACAGGUGCACGGAUGUUCAGUGAUCUGCAGGUUAUUGUCCUGCCAUGUGAAUGUGUCUUUGUUUGUGGGUGGCUUGCCUUGCAGCCAUAUCACUACUGGAAAAGGACAGGUGCAAUAAUACAGGAACAGCUCAGAGGGAUAGCCACAACACUCAGUUGUAAACACCAGAGGUCACAGGAACCCUGAGGGAUCACAUGUUUGGAGCCAAUUACAUGUAUACAGUAAAUAACAAUAGAUAUCAAAAUGGCAAAAUAACAUCAUCAAAAAGUUUGUAAAUAUUCUUUGUGAUAAGGUAUGAUUCCUGUUUUUUGUACAUUUUGAGAUGUUAUGAAUGUUUUUAUCACUGCAAAUUCCUAUAUACCCUCCAUACAUAAAUACUGUACAUACAUACAGUACAUACCUACACAUUGCUUACUAAUCUUGGCAUUGACAUGAAUGCAUGGAAUCAAAGCUCUCUGUUAAUUUCUGAAAUAAAUGACCAAUGAAAAUAUGAA